CAGACGCACGCUCGCUCACUCGCUCGCUCGCACUCACGCGGUGCGGUGCGGUGUGGUGUGAGCCCGACAGCUGCGGCGGCGGGGAGCGGGUUGUGACAGAGCGCAAGAGACGCGUAUCUCUGCCACGCCAUGUGUGGGGGGGGGGACCGCGUGUGACUGAGCCGAAUUGUCCCGGCGUGUCUCGCUUGGCACAUGGGCUUGUCCCCUUUCUCGGUUAAGGCUCCGUCCAUUUGAACGACAAUAACAACAACAACAACCACAGGCAACAAGCAGCAGCAACAUCAUCACGUUAGUUCGUUCCUGCCCCCGUUGACACCACCCACCAACCCACCGGCUCGCAGCAGCGAUGGUGAUCAUGGAUGUGUUCGAGACGGAAUGGAGCCCCGUUGAACCACCGCAGCCCAUCGACUGCUACGUGAUACGCAAGCUGCUUCUGCGCGAGAGAGACGGGGAGAGCAGGGAAAAGGACGUGUCCAGUCCAUCGGCUGCGAUCAACACCGCCAACAACAGCGCCAGCAGCAACAACAACAACAAUAACAGCACCACCAGCAGCAGUGCCAACAACAUCAUCAUCACCACCUCCACUGGCACCACCACCACCAGCAGCGCAGCAGCAGCAUCGAUGACAUCGCCGCCGCAACCAUCAUCACCAUCCCUAUCACCACCACCACCGUCGUCGCCUCUUGUGAACAGCAGGUAUCUGCUGCUGGACUGCCGCUCGUUCCUGGCGUACAGCGCCUCCCAUGUACGAGGCUCUCUCAACGUGCACACCAACCCCAUCCUCCUACGCCGCCGCAGAAGGGGCAUCCGUGCCACCAACGUGGCCACCUCUGCGGGGCAGGCGGAGGGGCAGGCGGCCGAGUCUGUGGCCACGACGUGGACGCUGCCCCUAGCCCAGCUGCUGCCCAGCACGGAGGCGAGGGCACGGCUCCUGGCCGGGCUCUACGCGGCCGUGGUGCUGGUGGACGAGAGGACGCGAGAGAUGUCCGCCCUGCGAGCGGACAGCACCGUAGCCAUGGUGGCUUUGGCGCUGGGCAGGGAGACCCGGGGGACCCCGGUGUACUUUCUGAGAGGAGGAUAUGAGAAGUUCCACCGCGAUUUCUCCGAGCUGUGCCUGGACUCUGCCUUGACCUCCCCGUGCAAGACCACUCCACCUGCCCUGCUGCCACCAGUGCCCAUCCGCUUGCACACAGCGGGAACCCCAACCUACGACCAGGGCGGUCCAGUAGAGAUCCUCCCCUUCCUCUACCUGGGCAGCGCGUACCACGCGUCCCGCCGGGAGCUCCUUGACGACAUCGGCAUCACGGCGCUCCUCAACGUCUCGGCCGACCUACCCAACCACUUCGAGGGCCUGUUCACCUACAAGUCCAUCCCCGUGGAGGACAACCACAAGGCAGACAUCGGGGCCUGGUUCCUGGAGGCUAUAGACUUCAUCGACUCAACGCGACGAGGCGGCGGCCGCGUCUUCGUGCACUGCCACGCGGGCGUGUCGCGCUCCGCCACCAUCUGCCUCGCAUACCUGAUGAAGACCCGGCGGCUCCGCCUCGACGAGGCCUUCGAGUUCGUGCGCCAGCGGCGCAGCGUCAUAUCGCCCAACUUCAACUUUCUGGGCCAGUUGCAGAGCUUCGAGGUGCAGAUCCAGCAACAGCAGCAGCAGCAGGCGGCCGUGCGGAGCCCCUGUUGCGCCCUGCCAGCGCCCGACGCCACCCAACCGCUCGCCGCGGCGCCCGCGACCGACGAUUGUGUCGCCGGCGAUCCGGGCUCCCGCUCGCCGGUGCCCUCCCUCCAGCGGGCCGAGCCCGCCGAGGACGGCGUGAGGGACCCGGGGCCCGGCCACGGCGCGGUCGCCGCCAAAGGCGCCGCCCCGUUGCAGGCGUUCAGUUUCCCGAGCCAGCCCUCGCUGAAGAGCGCCGACGCCAUCGGUUUCGCGAAGCCGCUCUCCGCCUCGUCUCCGUGCUAGCGAGCGCACGCGGCGGCGGUGACCGGCAGGAAAGAAACUGUUUCGCGUUAAGGUCAUCCGCUGCGCAAGAUUUACGGACGCUAUACGCCUCGCAGAGCUGCACUGGUCGUAAAAUACAAUAAGUAACAGCACACCCAGUGCGGAUGCAAUAACUGCCGAUCAGAUUUUUUUUUUCUUUUAAUAGUGCAAUAUAUUUAUGUUACAGUAUGUCAGCAAUACGAGAAUGGAGUGUUAAAAAUGGACACACGAAAAGAACUGCUCGUCGAACGUGCACUUAAAAGCGUACACGGUGUAUAAGCUACUGGACAUUUAAACACGUACGGAAAAAGAAGCACGAUUUACAAGUGCGCACCGCAUGUCCGAAGUUCGUGUGUGCGGACGUAUUCGAAUGCAAUCGACCUUACCGAUUGACUUGUAUUGUUUCAAUCGGAGAUAACAAUAGGUUCCCCAUAGCAAUACAGUUGUUGUUGUUGUUUACUAUAAGGGUACCGUAAUUUGUUUGUGUUGCUUUAAACUCCAGUCUUUUACCACCCCUCCCCCCCCCCCCCUUUGUCGUGGUGGGGCUCGGUCACUCCGGGCGAGUAUUAAAGCAAUACUCUGGAAUGCAUAAACACUGUAAAUGUGUCAUUGUGUACUCUAGUUUGGUAUUGUCAGUCAUACACGUUUGCUCAGGUUGUAUAAUCUCCAGCCGAGUCGUAGAAAAAAAAAUCUAAGAAUCCAGCAUGGGGCUGUAACUGGACACGAGUGGAGAUUUAACUUAUGAAAGUAACUCAUUCGGAAUGUUUUGAUCGUCACGAAAAGAAAAUCGCACCCGAAUAAUUUAUAUAACAUAUGCCUAUAUGUGUAAAUGUGUGUGUGUAUAUUAUGUGUGUGUGUGCGCGCGUGUGUUUUAGUACUACUUAGCACUGGAUUAACUGAUAGUAAUUUUUUUUUUACAAUUGUCGCCCUUCAAAAGCUGUCGGAUCGCUAUCUAUAGAUGUUCCAAAGACGGUCAAAAUUGAAGACGCUUGGAUUUGCAUCCGUUUGGCAAAGUUGCAACGCUGACCGAUCCCACGGUGUCAAUUCUAACGAUAUUUCCACAGUGGGUGUCACAGUGGCAUUACGAGUCUGGUUUCAUUGUAAAUAACACGUGUUACUGUAAUAAUUGUCCACAGGUGAGGCUUUUAUGUGAGCUGAGAGCAAUGUGACCUCUUCCAUAAAGAAAACCCUGCAACACGCAUUAGGGUAUGAAGGCUUCGACAACUCUGAAGCUAUGUAUGUCUUAUAUACUUGAAAAACACCAAUAUAUUCGUUUACAGGUUUCUUGAAUUUGCAACUUGUUUAAUGUUGUCUGUUGGUCAAAAACAUUUGUGUGUUCCGUGUCGUACAACACAACAUGCGUGGAAUAAAAUUUGAUGUACGAUUCAAUAUAACUUGU